AUGGGCAGCUGCACGGUGAUGGUGGACGUGUCGGUGCCAAUUCAGCUAGGCAGCACCGAUUCGGGCUACGAUAUCGACAUCGCAUCGGUGGACCCUUAUCAUGAGUACCCAGCCCCAUUGGACACACCGAAAUCUGACAUCACAUUCACGGGGAAGUCGGAGUCGUCACAUUGGAAUAUUUGCUGGAAGCACGAUGCCUCAGGCACACAUCGCACAGACCCUUGGUCAACAACAGUGGAUGACUAUUGCUUCUACGUCAACGGCCUAUGUUUCCUAUGGGCUUCUCCGUGCUCUGGCGGGUGUUCCCAAAUCGAUGUUUGCUCGUAUGCGUGGUUCUGCCCUCAGUUGCGCUACGCUACGGAGGCGGAGUUCUCGGCUGCUUUGCCUACUUUGAAUGCCAAUCGAACAGCCUUCUUUCACAAGUGCGCAGCUACCGUAUUGGAUCCAUACUUCUGGCACUGCGACUAUGCGAAUACCUUCGUGCGGGUGCCGGAUAAUCAUUGGAACGAGCUGGUCCUUGUGUGUUCGCUCCACGGCCUGCAGCAGCUCUGCUCGGGGCGCGUGGACAGCCUCUACGCUGCCCUCGUGACGGAGCAGUACGCGGGCGCGUCGUACCGCGAACAGAACGGCAGCACGGAGAAGAAGGUCCUCCGCGCCGAGGGCGGCACCGAGCCAGGGGCCGCGACCGAGCUGUCCUCCUGGACGACGCAGACGGCCUGGGGUGACGAGGCCGGCGUCAAGAGCGCGAUCGAGAACUACUCCUCCAUCGGCGAGCCCUGGUUCACGGUGCAGUCAACAGAGGCGGCGAAGUGGGCCGACACCGAGGGCGCCAAUGCCAGCAGCGCCCCCAGGAAGCUCUGGUCGGAGCUCUACCUCAUGAACCCCUGGACCAAGUACAACAACGACGGCUCAGGCCAGCUCGGCAUGUCCUGGACCACCCCUGUCGUGUACUGCGGCAACUACUCGUGUUUCACUGGGGUGGUGUCGGCGGACCUUACCUUGGACCGCGUGGACGGCAUCCUCGAACAGCAGUGGACCGGCCUCCGGAAGGACCUGAGCGCCGAGCCUUGGUCGUAUGAGCUGCUGCCCAACACGUCAAGCAUCUUCAUAGUCAACCGGGCCUCGCCGCGGUUCCCCGCGCAGGAGGGCAUGCUGAUCGGGCGCUCCAGCGACGGGGGAGACGAGCGCGAGUUUUCCGCGCGGUCCGGCGAGCUGACGCUCGCGACCGAGUCCGAGAGCGAGGCUGCGCCGCAGCCUGCGCGAGCCCGCGCCUCAGACAAGGUAUAA